AUGUGCAAAGGCAAUAUCUUGAAAGCAGCUGAAAACUACUCCAUUGCUCACUGUGUUGGCAAAGACCUAUUGUUAUCUGAUGGCAUCGCUAGGAACAUAAAGGAAACUUUCUCUCUUGAGGAGACCAUCAAUGAAAUGAAAGAAGACCCGAUUGAAGUUGGUGAUAUCCUACCAAUACAGCAAGAUAAAAACUACAUCCUAAACAUUGUAACGAAGGAGUUGUCAAGAGACAAACCAACUUGGAACAACUUCAAGAAAUCCAUCAAGAGACUCCCAGAAAUAUGCAGCGACCUGGGUAUCUCCAAGAUCUGCAUGCCUAGAAUUGGCUCGGGACUAGAUGGACUAAACUGGCCGAAAGUUCUCAAGCUACUGGAAGGAAUCUUCGAAAAUGAAGACAUUGAGGUGUAUAUCCUCGACCUCAAGGACUCAGAACAGCAGGAAUACAACAAAAGUGUCAAUAACAAACGCUUUAAAAAGGAUAUAACAAAGAAGAAAACAAACUUGUACUCCUAG